AUGGAAAUGUUACCCUUGCCUAAGUAUGAGAUUGUGAAUAUUGUUUCAUUAUGGAAUAUAGAUCCGGUUGUUAUAAAUGUGGACAAUACUAAUAGACGGAAGAGGUUUAAUGCUGAAGUUAUACGUAGGAAAGAAGGAGUUUUCUUGGUUUUUGCAUCUGGUAAAGUAACAGCAACGGGUUUUACUGAUGUAUCAACAGCGGGAGCUGUCUUACAAGAAGUAUAUCCGGAAAGAACGGUAUCAUUUCUCAGGGUUGUUAAUAUAACUGCCCACAGUUUCAUUAAUUAUUCAUUUAAUACGAAAAUGAUGAUUGAUACUUAUGCGGAUACAACUUAUGAACCGGAAAUCUAUCCUGCAGUUUAUAUAAAGAUAAAUAAGGUAACUUUAAUUUAUUAUACGACUGGAUCGUUGAUUAUAACUGGUGCUAAAGACCAAGAACAAAUUGAGUCAACAUUAAGAGAGUUUACAAACCGGACGUUAACUCAUGCAUGA